CAGAAGACAGGUGGUUUUAUUCUGGAGGAACCAUGGUUAAAAAAAACAAAAAAAAAACUCAAACACAACUCGUAUACUCGUCAGCGAUGCACCUAUGUGGUCUAGAUAUGGAUGGUAAUUUUCAAAAAGGUUUUUGUCAUAAUAUUAAAAGUACAUUUUUCAGGAGACAUAAAAUCAAUUAUCUACGAGUUUAAUUUGGGAUUUUAUCAACGAUACAGUGAUUAUUCAAGGAUUAUCAAGUUCAGGUUUAGACUCUCUGGGGUUAAGUAUAAAACUUUAAUUUUCAUUAUAUUAAUACAGAAUCUAAACUGUUUCAAAACACAAAGGCUAAAACAUUUUAGUUUAUUUAUUUGAUCAGUUGCCAGAUAAUAAACUGUGGCAGAAACUAUUACAGAUGCUAAAUCUACUAAAUCAACUAAUAAGUGAAGAAUUAAUUCUUAAAAACUAAAAGUACAAUAAUAGUAGCUUUAAAUUGUGAUUGGUGAUUAUGCAGAAUGGCCCGAUUCUGAAUAACGUUCCUUAAUUAGUUUUACUACACUUCCCAUGAUGCACCUCUUCUCAGAAUCGAAACAAAUAUGGCGGCUACCAGCUACUUGGACAGAGCCACCAUUUGGGACACCAGUUAAAAACUAAUUUUAUCGUUAAUUAAACUGAAUUUCUUUCACUCUAAUGGCUCGAAGAAGCUUUACGGGUUGAAAAAAACUAAAUUUGGACCCUGCAGGGCCGGUGAUGGACCGUUGUCUGCAGACAGACCCCAAGUUACCGGUGUGGAUCAUUGAGCAUGUGUGGGUUCACAAGAUGAUGGACUUACAGCAAGCCGUCGACCCGUCCCUCUGGCCAGACGUGGACUCCCAGCCUCUGAGCCUCGAGGACUCGUGGAGGCUUCGCGUGGCCUCGGCUCAGGUUUAUUCCAUCGUGAGGAGGCGAGACGUGGAGCUCUUUGAGAAGGCGGUGGUGUUUCUGGAGGCCACCUACCGGCUUCUACCAGGGCUGGUUUCCGCCAUCAAACACAUGAAGAUCGUGUUCGGCCUCAAGACGCUGGUCGUCAUGUGGAUGCUCAGAGAGAGACGAGGAAUGAUCGACACCGUGACUAAAAUCAUUCAGUUCUUCCCAAACAAACUCCCUCAGUACCAGGAUCAGUGUAGUCAACGUGAAAUGUUCCUCAUGAGGAAGAACCACCUGGAGUUCAAGAGUCUGGCUCAAACACUCGCUGUGGACAAAGAAAGACGAGAAGAUUAUAUCAAGAAUCAGGUGGAGGUGGAGUACGGGGAACAUUACGCUCAGAAAGUUGAGGACAGGCUGCUGGAUUAUCUACGUGAGCUGGAGGCGCUGAUACCAGGAGAAACUUACAUCGAUAAGAUACUGAAGAAACAAAAUCCUGUGACGGAGGAGGAGAAGCUUCUUUUAGAGGUGAUAACAUCUGACUCCAUGACCAUAGCAACAACCCUGAAGACGCUGCUGAACUGUGAUGUUGCUUCCUGUCGUGCUGCCAGUUCUUCUCGGUCUCCAGGACCUGGAGUAAAAACAGUGGAAGCCUCUCAACCUGCUCCGCAUGUCGGCUCCUCAAAGGCUCGAGAGCUUCAGCCUGAGGUUUUUAAGCCGGGGGGCGUCUCCUCCCCUCAGUUCUGCUCCAAACACCAGCGCUGGGUGAAGACCAUCCUGUGCGAGUGUCCUGACGAAUGCUCCGAGGAACUUCUGCUUCAGGCCAACGUUUCUGUAUCACCCCCACUGUUCCCGUCCUCCUCUUCAUCCACCUCCUCGUCUCAGGACCUCACCCCGUCUGACCUCGUCCCUUGUCCACCUCGUCAACCUCCUCCUCAGACCUCGAACCCUGAAGAUGAGCUCGGCUCUGGAUCUGGAAGUGAUCCCUCUCAAACUGAACCUCCACUUCAACCCUCGUCAUCCACCAAGACUCUUCUUCCUCCUCUAAUGUCGCCUGUGGUCAGACUGGUCGACAUCGCCACAUCCAAAAUGAACUACGGCUCCUUUAAUCUCCACCAAACAUCUCAAACUUCCACAUCUAGGAUUGAAGUGGUAGCUUCAGCUUCCAGCCGUCACGGUCGUACCUCAGGCAAAAAAGACUCUUCCAGACUUUCAAGAAAGUUCAGACAGGUUUGCACCAGACAUUCUUUGGAUAGUCGAAACCAUUUAUCUGAACAGUGUGUCAGUGCCUUUAGAAAGAGCUCCUCGCUCUCAUCCAAUGACCUCAACAUCUCUGAACCUCCUACACAUGAUGCUUCUACCUCUACUUCUACCUCUCAGUCAGUGAGUUUAUCUGACGAUCGAAACCCUUCAUCGGCCCAAUCAUGUCAACGAAACGUCCUCAGAAACCAGCUGAGGUUGUCUCUGCAGAGUCAGGGCGUUCUUCUCCAGUCUAAGCUGCUGCAGCCGUGUGUGAUUCUUACCAAGAUGGACUCGGAGGAGUGUCACCGGGCGACCGGCGGUAGAAGCUCCGCCUGGUGUGAGGAGGAAGAUGUAGAGUCUCUGUUGGACCUGAACACUCUGUACUCCAGCGAUUCUUUCAGCAGCGAGGACAUGGACCACGACCCCGACUACAAACCCUGCAUCAGUAAGAAGAGACUUCUGUUAGAAUAUGAGAACGCGAGGAUCCUGAAGCCAUUAUGAGAAGCAGAGCUGAGUGAGACUAAAUCUAAGUUUGUGGAUGGAAAAGUUCUCUCCGUUGGGGGCUGAUUAUGCUUCUGCAAAGAUCUACCGGGUCGAUCAGAUCGUUUGUCCAAAACAAAAAAACCUGUAGCGUCAUAUUUGGACUUUUAUUUAUCUGCAGAUCUGACCUACUCCCCACUCUCAUUUUUAUUUAAACUCAGAAAUAAGACACUUGCCCUGGGCAAGAUGAGGCGGCUUCAACCUUGUGUGCGUUCACCAGUUUUCCAUCGUACACCAGCUCCAAUUUUAAACAAAUGAAGAUGCUUCAGUAUCGACUUUCACAUCUUCUCUGUUUAGUAGCAGCAGCUCAUUUUGUAGCAUUUGGUUGACUUGAAUCACUGUGUAUCUGAUGGAUGUCACAGUUUUAAAUCCGGAUUUUAGCAGAGCAGCAGAUGAAAAAUGUCUUUUCAGGUGUUACUGUAGCAGAAUUUAUGGUACUAAAUAUUGUGCUGUUGCAUUUUGUGUCUUUUAAGUGUUUUUUAAUGGUAGAAAAUGUUUUGUGUGUGUGGUCGUGUUACUGAUGAACGAGAAUAAAUACUCCAGUGAGGUUUCAAACUGAA